CAAUAGGGGGGGAUCGAGAUGCACGUUUCCGCCGAUCUGUCUAUUAUCAAACCCGGCCGCCCGGCUCUUGUUGGUUUGUUGCGUGUGUUUUCAGUUUCUUGUGUCAGUUGUGCUCUCAAUGCUCAUGUCACAUUUAACUUUGCAAAAUAUACGAAACGAGGUAUCUAAAGUCUGUCUCGUUGGGAGUUAUUCAUGUUAAGCCCUCAGGAAUAUAUUUGAACAUCGACUCGGCUCCCAUGACCCCUAAGACAACUGCCGAUUACUCUUAAUUGAAUCGAAAUAGUUGCAUGUGGUGGUGAUAGUCACCAGUUUCUGCCUAUGAAACACAAUCGAAAGGAAGAGACUUUGGACCCGGAUUUCAUCAGCAAUACUCCAUGAACCGCAUGUAAUCAUCUUCGACUCACUGUCUCCUGUUAUAAUAGUCCUCAAUGUACCCAAGCUUGUACCCAAGCACAAAAAUAGCAACUAUGCUUCCAAGGGCAGGAAAGGACUUUUUGGUGCGAAUCUCGUUUUAUUCCAAACCCUUUUUUCAAGGGAGAUACUUGAUAGUCACAAACACUUUGAGCGGAGGAGGCAUGUUGGCGCUCGGCGACUUUCUUCAGCAAACCCGUGAGAAGCGAAAGGAUCCGGAGAGAGUUCGGGACUGGACACGGACAGGACGCAUGUUUGCAGUAGGAUUUUCCAUGGGACCAGUGCUGCACUACUGGUACGGCUGGCUGGAUAAGUUCUACGUCGGCCAUGCGUUGAAAACAGUCGGCAAGAAGGUUCUGGUGGAUCAAAUGGUGGCAUCUCCGACCCUUGGACUGUGGUACUUUCUCGGUAUGGGUGUUAUGGAAGGUAAAACCUUAUCCAAGGGAUUGGAAGAGUUCAAGGACAAGUUCUGGGAGUUUAUGCUGGCCGACUGGUGUGUGUGGCCUGCCGCGCAGAUGGUUAACUUCUACUUCCUGUCACCCAAAUACCGCGUCAUCUACGUCAACACCAUCACCUUAGGUUGGGACACCUACCUGUCCUACCUGAAGCACAGGGACGACAGGCCGCAGGCUGUGUCGGUUUCAGACUGUAGUACCCCGGACAUACACCAGGAGGACCCUCAAACUGUUGACUCAACCAAGCCACAGGAGCAGGAAGUUUAGAGCAAUAAUCCAAUAUUCCUCAUGAAGAUGAACACUCUUUUGGUUUCUGUUCACCCGUACAAUACACUUCCUGUCUUUGUUUCCCAGACAGGAAGUGAGGUAACAAAGCAGUAAUCGACCUGCAGAAGGGCAGCUAUGAGAUUGUCAAUGAGGAAGAAUAGACAAGAACUGAGCUAGUUAUUGACCUAUUUACUGGAUAGGUUAUUCUGCCGGACAAAGUGUCGGACAUAAAGAUUAUUGAACCACUAAGAGGGGAGAGGAUCUGUGGGUCAGUUAUUGUCAUUAAGUCAAUAUGUUUUAAUUAUGUUUUUGCUGAAGUUUAAGACAUCAAGCCCAGUGGUGGUUGAUUCAAUGACCAGCAAGAAUGUCUAAUUUUACACUCAAUGAAUGAAUGACAUCUGGUGUUAAAGGAACCUCACAUAGUGACUUAGCCCCCAGCAACUUAAAGAUAUCAGGUCUCAGGUCAGAAACUGGGGUUGUACUCGGUCGAUCAGAUGACAACCUAACACUUACCAACUGCUAGCUAGACUUUAUUCAGUAAAGCACUCUCCACUGCCAAGGUAACUGAAUUCCCAGUUAAAGCUACUUUUUUUUUUAAACAAAUUAAUGCAUUAAUCAUUCAUUCAACAUCCGUCCAUGCAGAAUUAGAUGCAAUUAAUUACUGUAUUACUAUUUCAGACGAGUCAAUUGUUUUGUCAAACCCGGCUUAAUAUUUGAAACCGUGCCUGACUUUUGGCCAUGCAAUGGUUAGAAGCUGUAGAAAAUGUAUACCUAAUCUACAGAAAGUAUUAAAGAAUUUUUAUUUAAAAUAUUUAUUGUGAAGAAAUUGUACGCAAUAUUUAAAUUCCAAAUAUGCUGUCAUACUGUUAUAUAUAUAUAUUGAUAAAUAUAUAUAAAAUAAUUAUUUCUGAACCUUGUUUGAUGCCCAAAUGUUUUUGUCUUUUGCAGUUUGGCUACAUUUGAACUACCAGUAAAGGGAUAUUUAAUGUUAGGCACAAAAUGCCUAUUCAUGUCAUUAAUGAAUACUGACUAAUAUGCAUUUGCAUUGACAUUGCAUUGAAAUUAGUAUAAAAUAAGAUCAGUCGGGAAAAAUGCUGACCAGACGUUUGAAAUGGACACCAGUUGAACCAGAGGCUAAUAGUUAAGCCAUUAUCAAAAGGUCACCAAUUGAGUGAUUGGAACAGAUGAAGAGCAGUCGUGUUCCCAUCUUUUGCACUAGGAGGCAGCGGAGACCUUUGUUUGAAGCACACCGCUUUUAAUAAUUCGGCAUCACUGUCCAGCCAGCGUACGACAGCAAUCUACACUGCGUGUCCUGGCCUGUAUAGACCUUUAUUUAACCAGAAGUUUUCAGCUUUGAUCAACAGAACAAACAAAGCUGGAUUUUCCGUGAAUGGGACGGACAAACAUGUCUUGGCCUGUUAAAGAACUCUAUUAUACCCAACGUAUUGUACUUCGAUCAACAUAAUUAACUCAGCUGGAUUUGCUGUGAUGGGAAAAACUUGUGCACAAGCAGAAUGACCAAUUUUCAUCCCCAAUACUCCCAACGGAGCGCCCUAUGGCGUCACAGCACUACGUGUCUUUACAGGCUCGGAUUUGGUCAUGAAUGAUCACAGGCAGUCUCACGUUUAUUGUUUUUUAAUGGAUUUUUCCAUAAACUACAAUAGAUGGCAAAAUAACAAUCCAAAUACAGGCACAGAUCGGUAUAGUAAUUCGUAAACCUACAUCGGUGUGUCCCAGAUCUUAGAUGUAUGACAUUUUAACUAAAACUCUGCUCUUGCGUUUGAAGUAUCGAAAUAUUUGUGAAAUUUUGAAGCAAACCAGUGUCAAAAAAUAACUUCUUGCAUUAAGCUUAAAAGUGUUUGCACGGUUAUAAUUGUUAAUAAAUAUAUAUAUAUAUAUAUAUAUAUAUAUAUAUAUAUAUAUAUAUAUAUAUAUAUAUAUAUAUAUAUAUAUUU